UCUUUAUGGGUGUGGUGACGAAUAUAUCGCUGGCGUAAACUGACUAAAGCUCGAGCGAAGAGGUGUGUUGAGCUCCUCAGAUGUUUUAAAAUUACGUUUACGUCCAUUUAUUUGCGCCGUUGUCAACAUGCGAGGCGUGUAAAAGCGGUUGAACUGUGAAUCGGCUGUGAAUCAGGUGCAGCACACUGUCGUCUCAGGUGCAGGUCAAACAGGAAGUAUGAGUGAGUUGGAACAGUUACGACAAGAGGCCGAACAGCUUCGUCAUCAGAUCCGGGAUGCUAGAAAAGCCUGCAGUGACUCCACACUGUCACAGAUGACAGCAGGUUUGGACUCGGUGGGACGGAUACAGAUGAGAACAAGACGCACACUCCGAGGUCACCUUGCCAAAAUCUACGCCAUGCACUGGGGCACUGACUCCAGGUUACUUGUGAGUGCCUCUCAGGAUGGAAAACUGAUCAUAUGGGACAGUUAUACGACCAACAAGAUGCAUGCCAUCCCCCUGCGCUCCUCCUGGGUCAUGACCUGUGCCUACGCUCCGUCGGGAAACUACGUAGCUUGCGGCGGCCUGGACAACAUCUGCUCCACCUACAGUCUUAAAACCCGCGAGGGAAACGUUAAGGUCAACAGAGAAUUGGCUGGACACACGGGUUAUUUGUCCUGCUGUCGUUUUCUUGAUGACGGUCAGAUCCUCACCAGCUCUGGUGACACCACAUGUGCAUUGUGGGACAUCGAGACGGGCCAGCAGACCACCAGUUUUACAGGACACACGGGAGACGUCAUGAGCUUGACCGUCAGUCCAGACUCGAAGGCGUUCGUGUCGGGAGCCUGCGACGCUUUGGCCAAAUUAUGGGACAUCAGAGAUGGCAUGUGCAGGCAGUCAUUCACCGGCCACGUCUCUGACAUCAAUGCCGUCUGCUUCUUUCCAAAUGGGAAUGCCUUCACCACGGGCUCAGACGACGCCACUUGUAGGCUGUUUGAUCUGCGUGCGGAUCAGGAGUUGAUGCUGUACUCGCAUGACAACAUCAUCUGUGGAAUCACCUCCGUGGCCUUCUCCAAGAGCGGACGUCUCCUAUUGGCCGGAUACGACGAUUUCAACUGCAAUGUCUGGGACACUUUAAAAGGCGAGCGUGCAGGCGUUCUGACCGGUCAUGAUAACAGGGUGAGCUGUUUAGGAGUGAAUGAUGAUGGGAUGGCUGCGGCCACAGGUUCAUGGGACAGUUUCCUUCGAAUCUGGAACUGAUCUGUGAAAGCACUCUUAAAAUCUUCAGGUUCUGUUUCCCGUCUUUCCACAGCAGUUUAUUCCAGAUAUUACACAUGAUUUUCAGUAUGUAGUGCAAUCCCGUGCAAAAGCCAAUCAUCAUAUUGUGUAAUAUGUAAAUAUACAUGUAUAUGAAUAUAGAUAUGGUAUAUAUGUACAGUAUUAUACGUAUGUACCAGAUAGUAUAUACACAUAGUGUUCAUGUAUAUAUUUUUAUAGCUGAUCAUUGGCCCAUGAAUUUUUGUGAUCUUUAAUAUUUUGUUUAUUUUUAUUUGUUUUAUGUAAAUAGAAAACGGCCUUACAUAAGGGGGCAUCAGAAGUCUGUAUUACAAAAAUCGAAAUAGGUUAUCCAUGUGUUACAGAACCCAGGUGUAAGACUUGAUUUUUAUGCUCAUAAUUUACACUGCAUUGGUGCUCAAAGGUGUUUGGAAAGAACAGAUUUUUUUCCAUUUCCUUGAGAUAUUUAAAACAUCAUGAUCAUUUAACCCUUACACAUUGUGCUCUUGAAUGAUGAACGUAUGAUGAAAGUGAACACAAACACAAACUUUCUGCACCUCAAUUUUCGCCUUAAACAACAGAGAACAAACUAUUUCUAUUACAUACAUUUUGUGCUGGUAACACACGUGUUUUAAAUCAAUUGAGAACACUCUUUGUAUUAUUCUUUUUUGUGUGUAGAAAUGGCCACAAACACGCCUCUUCUGAACGUGUUACAAUGUAAUGAGGCUGGAAUAUAUUCAGUGCCGUACAUAAAAUAAAGAAAUUAUAUUUUGCAUGAAGGGAAUGGAUAAAGUGUUGCUGUGACUGAUUCUGGUUUAUUCUUGACAAUUGAAUAAAAAACUGGCAAUGCAAAAAAGAUUUCGAGAAACUAAAGCCUAUUUUCAGGACCAUUAAGCACAAUAUAAUUUCUGAUUUUCUUUGUUAGAAAUAAGCCUCGGCAUACAAAUGGUUCCCAAAACCUGUCAUGUUUGACCCUUGAAUAAACAAAGUAAUUUUUAAACACAGUUUCAGCACAUAAAUGUGUGCAGGUUGGUUUAAAUGAAGAACACUACCUGCUCAGGAUGACUGAGAUCUGGCCUGUGUGUAAUGUGAAGUCAUGAACACAUGUCUGUGUUUGUCUUGUGCACUACAGAUUGAGGAUGUUUUGACAUUUCUGCCUCCACUAAUGUUUGUCAGUAAACCACCUCGACAUUCUGAAAUGCCUGUUUUACAAAAUAUACACCUGCCGUUUUUUUAAAUCUCUUUAAUCCUUUGUUAAUCUGUGAAUUGCGUUUAUGGAUUUUUUUCUCAUAAAUUUGUUCAUUUUUUAUAGGUAUUAAUAGUGUAUUUCUUUUACCCUAAAAAGUAUCAGCACACUUUUUCAUUAGUGAAGUUUUUACAACGUAAGGCACAAUGUAAUGAAAUAAUUUUGAGUUAAACGUCUCAAGAGUUUUGAAAUGGUUAGAAAUUGUUAAAAGAGAAGUUUUUAGCAACAGUGUCUGAAUUUGGACUACUGGUAUUGGUUUUUAUUUCUUGGAAGAUUUAUCUGAUGCUGUCGAAGUUUCCUGCCAGUGAUUCUUGUUUUUUUAGUAGAGUUUUGAGUAGUUGGUUCUCAUUCAGUUGAAAUAAACAUUUUCUCUUUAUCUCUGGUCAACAUCAAAAUGUUUUAGAACUUUAACAAUAUCAAUUUAAAGUCUUUCAUUUCAAUGUAACCGGUCAAACCACUCAAAACAUUUGUUCCCAACACAAGUAUUGAUCAGUAUAUAUUUGAGCUCAUUUAUGCAUGAUUUUUUAAAACCAACAGUUUGGUGCCUUGUGUAUUUUCACAGUGCCCUGCUUUGAAGUUAUCAAUUCAACAACAUUUUGUUUCUGGACUUUUUGGUAUUUGUAAAGUAACAUGGUUAUGUUUUCAUAAAGUAUGCUGAUGUAUAACCAAUGAAAUAAAGAUUCAGCCAAAUGUAAA